AUGUCUAUGGUGUGUCGAACAUCGAUGGUCGUCUUGAAGACGCCACAGUCACAUAAACUCGCUCUGCGACACAUUUUGCAGCAAUGCUCGCGAUUAGUGGCCUCUUCGGCUCCUCUCCAAGCCGAAGGCACAUACAGAGGCUUGGAACUUGAAAUCCGCAACAAGAAAAUGGGUCGUCCCUUGUCACCAUUUCUCUCAUCCUACAAGAUGCACUUCCCCAUGGCUACCAGCUUGAUGCACCGAGUUACCGGAACUGGGUAUUCGUCUCUUUAUUACUUGUCCGUGAUCGGAGUCGUUGGCUUAGCCCCGUCCUUCCCGGCAUUGAUUGAAAGCAUCCAGUCGCUGCAUCUUGAUCCGAAUCUGAUUCUGGCUACGAAAUUCGUCUUGACGUGGCCAGUGAUGUAUCACAUGUUCAAUGGUCUGAGACAUCUCGCUUGGGAUGCCGGUGCGGGAUUCGAUUUGCCCAUGGUGUAUAAGUCGGGUUUCUUCGUAUUGGGCCUUACUACGAUCGUUACUCUUUUCUUGCUUUCGUUGUGA